AUUCCCUUUAGAAAGAUCUGUUUUCAAACCUUGCCGAAAACGGCCAAGAUGAUUUUAGUCUGUCCACUUAAAUUGUUAUUUACGUUAUGCUAAAACAAUACUUCAUCAGUAAAAUUGGCAGAACAUUUUCAACAAAUCUGAACAAUCAAUUAAUCGUUUGUUUUGUUUAAACAGUAAUCUUCCAAGCAAUAACAACAUGUGUGAUGGUGGUAGCUUCGCAAAUGUGAGGAUUCGCUGCUCUUCUAUGCGUCACAUCACUUUAAACGUAAUAUCUGAUGUGAAUAUUAUUCUUUAGGAUAGCACAGGAUGUUUCACCUUUAAAUAUUGACUUUAAAAUAAAUCAUUUUAUUUUGAAAAUCGUCACCGGAAAUUGUAUUUCCACAGUUCUACUGUGCGGCUUGACAGAAAAACUGUAAAGCAUAUCGCCCAACCUUCUUUUCAUCUCCUGGAAGAAAAAAAAUAUAUUACCAGCACUACAAUGAGAGAGACGAGGGCAAAGAGUUAAAACAGCGCAAAGAUGGAGGACGGGCUGGUGUCGGAGGAUGAUAUCUUAAUUUGGUCAGAAAAGGAGUUCCACGACGCUGCGAAGAGGAAUGACCCGGAGAGAAUGCAGGAGCUGAUCAAGAAGGGUGUGGACGUCAAGGCCAAAAAUAAAGUAGACCGCAAAGCGCUGCACUGGGCAGCGGGAGCUGGGAACGAACAGGCUCUCCGUCUCCUGCUGGACCACGACACUGACGUUGAUGAGAGGGACACUUUCGGCAUGAAUGCUCUGCUUCUCGCGUCCUGGUUCGGUCACCUAAAAGUGCUGCAGAUGCUGGUGUCCUGCGGGGCCAAGCUCAACUGUGACAACAAAGAUGGCCUGAGCAUGCUGCACUGUGCCGCCCAGCGAGGCCACAUCAGAGUUCUGGAGUUCAUCAUGGAGGACCUGGAAGACGUCCGACUCGACAGAGUUGACAAGGCGGGGAAGACGUCCCUUCACCUGGCUGCUGAACACGGACAAUUUGAAGUGGUGGAGUUUCUGAUUGGAAUGGGCUGCACGCACGGUUUAAAGGACAAGGAAGAGAACACAGCCAUGCAUCUGGCAGCGAGGUGUGGGCACACAGAGGUCCUGCAGAAGAUGGUGGAGACCGGAGUCGACGUCAACGAGAGGAAUAUAGAUGGUCUCACAGCACUGCACCUGGCAGCUGAUGGAGGUCACUACGAAUGUGUCAGACUGCUGCUGGAGUCCGGCUGCAAUGCCAACGCACAAACUAAUAAGAAUAUGAAUGCUCUCCAUUACGUGGCUCAGCAUGGCUUUGACAGGGAAGCCAGUUUGCUGCUGGAGGCAGGACUCAACAGAGAUGCUGUAGACAAUCAACACAACACAGCGCUCCACUUAGCUGUGUUCAACAACCACACCGAGGUUUUGCGGCUGCUUAUAGAUGCCAACUGUGACCUGGACAUCACUGACAGUAGACAACAGACUGCUUUGCACAUAGCAGCAGAGCACGGCUGGCAGGUCCUGGCUGAGAUGAUGCUGAUCUCUGGUGUUAACCUCAAUCUGACCGACAAGCAGGGGAAAAGGUGUCUGGAGGUGGCAGCCAGAGGAAACAAUGUCAUCCUGGUCGACAUGAUCAUCAAAGCUGACCGUUUUUAUAAAUGGGAGAAGGAUCAGAUGGCCAGCGAGCAGGACUCCUGGGUGCGGAGACCUCUUAGCUUCAAGCAGGACCACCAGCAAGAGACACAGCACCUCCGGUCCGUCCUGUGGAGCCUGGCCACCAAGCACCUCUGCCGCGGGGAGUGGAAGAUCCUGGCACAGCACUGGGACUUCAGCAACGCACACAUACGAGCUAUAGAACAACAGUGGACUGGUAUGAAAAGCUUCAAAGAGCAUGGUCACCGAAUGCUGCUAAUCUGGCUCCAUGGAGUCGUGAUGGCGGGGAACAACCCGAUCAAAGGCCUCUACGAGGGGCUGGUGGAAAUCUCACGGACAGACUUGGCAGAGUGCAUCCGGCAGAAGGCAAACGCAGAGACCAGCUCCCCCAAAAUGUGCUCUGCGAUGUGAUGAACACUGUGAGUGACUGCGAAGGCAUAGUCUCGCAUAGCCAAACCUAUUUCCACAGCGCUAAAGAAAGGUCUGGCUCCACACAUGAUCAUCCCGGUAUGGGACACUCUGUUUUGUACGUCUUUAAACCAAUUACAAUCAUCUUUGGCGUUGUAAAGCACAGGAUGCAGCGGCAUUGUCCCUCAAAAUAGAUGCAAUGUGGCCAAAUGGCAGGCUUAUACGCACAGUCUACAUCCAGUUGGUCAGACCGCUGCAAAGGUAUAACAAAGAAAUCCAAGAUUUCAGUUGACUUUAGGACUCUCUUUAACUGUAAAUGCCCAGAACCGAGCCCAUGAAAAAGCGUUGUAUUAUCCGUGGCAUGACCGGUUUACAUAGUGACACAUUGAAUAUACUGUGAUUGUUCUGAAUUUAGUUCAGAGAGAAAUAAUUUUAGGGUUUGGGAAAAACAAUGGUUGUAAACCUGUAAUAAAUACCUUUGUUUGUUUAAAUGCAUGCAGUAAACACCUGAUGGCACUACUCAUACUGUACUGUUGCUUUGUACACUAAGGGCUUUUCAGCACAUUACGACAAGUUUUCAUUCACCUUACUAUAAUGUAAUGCUUUCUACUGUAAUGUUUCUCAAAAGUUCCUCCUCCUUAAAGCUGCAUCAAGUGAUUGAGGGGGGCUGAGGCUCCAAAACACACUAAAUAAAUAGUUGUUAUGGCCGAUAUGUUACGGUAGCAAAGAGUGGCCCUCUUACACAUCCAGCAGUCACUGAUGGACAAGUGAUACUCUACUGGUCUGAGCUUGUUUGGGAAGGACUGACCACAGUGACAACAAAGGUGAUCGGAGGCACACUUGAGAAACAGUCAAUUUCUGUUUGUGUCAAUGACUAAAAGUACAAAAAUGCUAACUCAUUUACAGGUUUUAGGACUCAUUCCUGCAGC